AAUAGAGAAGUCCUCGUGGGGUUUUGCUUCGAAAAUUCAAAAUUUUCACAUUUCCCGCAAACACUCUCUGCACUCUGAAGACUGCCAUGGAAGCCGAAGAAGAAAAUGUAGACCACACACUUCCUCAACCUACUCAAUCUCACGCUUGUCCGAUUAAAGAUUGUGGCGACGGUCACCGGCUACCAUGGAUUGGAGCGGUUCAAUCUCAUCAAGCUGAUUAACUAUGCCGGCGGCAGUUACAUCGGCUCCAUGUCCAAAUCAAUAACCCACCUCGUGUGUUAGAAGUUUGAAGGAAAGAAAUAUGAUAUUGCCAGAAGGCUUAGCAUACCUGUAGUCAACCAUCGCUGGAUUGAAGAUUGCAUAAGGGAAGGAAAGCGCCUACCAAUAGAUUCUUAUACCUUGCAAAGUGGACAAGAAGUAGGGCCAUUGUUACUGGAAGUUCCAGCCUCCUUUGGACCGAACAGCUGGAUAAAGAAUAAAGUGGUUAGUGAUGGGUUAUGUGAUAUUGAGUCUGAAAGGCAAAAUACAGUCAUCAGUUUUGGAGCUCCCAGUUAUGUUUUGGAAGAUUCUUGUUUAAUGAAAAAGUACGAGGAGACAAGUUUGCACUCAUCUAGACGGCUAAAGAAGGUAAAAAGAAAUAUUUCCUGUGAUAAUGAAGUUAGUACUGCAGCUGGACCUUCUCGCAAGGAAAAAAAGUUUGUGAAAAAGGUUGUUGAUGAAGUGGUGUCGGAUCCUGUAAUUUUGGAUUUAAGCCCAGAUGACCGGCUUUGCAGAAUGGAUAGAGAUAGAUUACACACUGAAGCUGCAGCUACCUCUAGCCUUUCUGGUGGUGUUGAUGUUAACGAUCUUCAAGAAAAUAGUUCAGGACCUGAUGCUAGAUUAUGCAAUCAAAAUAGAGCGAUGAAUGGAAGUUCAGAUGGCAUCGAACAGAUCACAGAUUCAAAUCAAAUAGAAGAUCCCCAAACUGUGGAACAAACAUCAAUAGAUUUAUGUUCCAGUGAUGGAAAGUUCAUUGAUGGUGAUCAGGUUGAUAAUGUUGCUGGCUCUCCUAUUUCAAAUGAGUGGUCAUGUGUUAUAUGUUUUGAAGAUUUCAGUUCAACAUUGGGGGUUUUGCCAUGUGAACAUACGUUUUGUUUGACAUGCAUCCAGAAAUGGGCUCAUCAAAGGAUCUCAAUGGGAAAAAUAUCAACCUGCCCUCUGUGCAAGGCCAGUUUUGCGUGGUACAAGAUAGUUGAGCAUGCAGCCACAGCUGAUAAAGAAUUAAACUCCCAGACAGUCCCAUGUGACAAUUUGGCCUCAGUUACUUUUAUCUCCAUGGAUCAAGAAUUACCAGAUAAUAGCUUUGAGGAUGGCGCUUGUGUAGUUUGUCGUACUCGGGGCCCUGAUGAUCUCAUUGAGACUUGCAAUGUUUGUUGGACUCGAAGAAUCCAUUCCUACUGCAUGGACCCCCCUACAUAUCCUUGGAAGUGGAAUAAGAAUUGUCAUGGUAAGUCCUUAUACGGAGAGGUGAAAUGCCUGAAACGCCAUGACUGGUGUACCAAUCUAUCGCUUCCUUCUAAAGAAUGUGUGUUGCGAGAUUUGGCCGCCUUAAACCAUAGGUCGAUUCGCCUAUCAGCUCCUUUAUGGCAGAGUUGAUUUGCUUCAUGCUAUCCGUAAAUCAGGUUUUUUUUUGACUCUAUUUCUUUUAGGGUUAAUUCUUUAUUGAUUGAAGGAUCUUUAUUCUAAUACUGUUUUUGAAAGAUCUGUGCUUAAAACAUGUUCUUUUUCUCGAGUUACAUUUACAUGAUGAGUUUGUGACACACAUGAUGCUUGUAUAUAUAUGCUUGAACUGCUCCUGUGUCGAAAUUCUUCUUUGAAAGAAUGCAAGUGUAUGCUUUUCAAGUGAGUGCAAGUAUUAGGAUUAUGUUUUGUUAUUGCAAUUUUUAAUUUCUUACUUGGGCGGGAAAAUUAAAACAUUGGGUGGAGUGGUUUGUUAAUAAUUUUCUAUAUCCAUUUUAAAGUGAUUAGAGUAACUAUCUUAUGAAAUUAAUUUAGUCCACCCACUGAGUGUUAUUAUAUGUGAAGAUGGAUUAGUGGUAAGCUGCGGUUUUAAAUAGAGGAGGUGAUUAUUUUGUUCCUCAAACUGUAUUACUACUCAAGUAGUGGGAAGUGAGAAACUUAAGUGAAUAAAAGAGAUAGCAGAUUAAUGCUUGCAAACUUACCAACGCAAUGUACAGAGUUACCCUUCAAUUUAAUUGUUCUUUCUUUUUACAAUUUGGCCAGUUGUAAGAAGGAAAAUUCAAUUAAAUUGAAAAAUUGUCAUGAAUGGGAACAUCUAGUUUUGAUAUUGUCAAUGUGUUAUAUUAUAUUUUAUCUUUGCUAACAAGAUGAUGAGUUGACAGAUGAUGAGUUGACUAAAAACAGUCAAAGCAUACAACAUUAUGUACAGAAAAAGAAAAGAACAACGGGCGUGAACUCUUUUCUCUACCCCGGGCGGGAGAGUUUUAACGAGGCAUAAAUUUUUAAAACAUUGCUUGAACAAGCAUGUUCGUCAUUUUUCCAACUUAGGUCUAUCAAUUGGGCGAUGUCAGACAAUUGAGUAAGACUCUUAAAACGAGAGCAGUUGACCACGAAUUCAUAAGCACAACCUUGAUUGGUUUAAGCUUACCCAAUUCAAGCACAAAGUCUCCACGCAAGCACCUAACUGUAUCAGAUAGUGAAAGUCUGAUCAGAUUAUGACUAAGAUCAAAAUGUGAAUUUUGACUAAGUCAAAAAUGCAAAGGCCUUAUGAUUCAAAGAAUAGUUGAUAGAAAAAUGAUAAGAUUGUGGGGCGAUAUUAAACAAUAUUGUUUUUUAUGAUAAAGUUCAUCUCACAAAGGAUACACUACACUGAGAGCAUGGAUGAAUGUGCAAGCGAUGUGAAGUAAGUGUGUUCCAUGUUAUUGAUUUAUAUUUAAUUCUUCAACUUUUAUUUUGUUCAAGUUUCAAAGUAUUGUGCAUUAUUACUUGUGGUAUUAUGAGAGCAGGUUGUGAUCAUGGUUUAGAGAAAGAGAAAAUUAAUCAUGGUAAUGACAAAGUGAGGCUAUGAUUGAUGCAAAGAGACGAUUUGGGUCAACUUGCACGCGCUACACAAAGAUCAAGAAGUAACAACAAAGUUGAAAUGACAAAGGAAUGACUACUUAGCUUUUUUAUGCCUUUUAAAAUUUUAAUUUUGGAGCCUGUGUGCCCAUUAUUUCCUUUGCACAUUUUGGGCGUGUCAAUUACUUGUUAGUCUUUGUGUAGUGUUGGGUGAGUUGAUUACUUGUGGGCUUGAACAGAAGACACACUUCGUCUUAAAGCUUUUAAGACUUGGUGUCUUGUGGGCUUGUGUAUUGAUACGGGCGUAUCAGCUUUAUGAUGUAUUGAGCUUCCCAUUAUUUGUACAAUUAUUGGGCCGGGCAACCCAUGAUCCCAAGCAGGUCAAAACCAAGCUAUAAAAGACAGACACCACCCAGGCGGUGGGGGAUCUAACAUUUUCACGCAUUUUUCAUUUGUCUAUUUUGCAUUCCUUUCGUUCUAAAUUGAUUAGCCCG